ACUGUAGUAUAGUACGUACGCAACCAGCCCAUAACCUAUAUUCCUGUCUCGAACACGGUUCAGAGAUUAGACGGUAUAGUCUUCGGCACGUUGAGCGCGUCAAUUGUUAUAAACUAAUUGUUCAACUCAACAGAAAAUCAGACAUGGUAUUUCAAACAUUAUCACUGCUCGCACGGAGCAGGGGUCCAGAUGAGUUUUGGCGUAAAUCAAGAAUAUUUAAGCUCGCUGCACACUACAUUGGUCGUAGGCGAAAUUGUUAUAAGAUAGCCAUAAAAAUGGUACAUCGAGCUUUAGUCUAUGCAACAAAAGGACGGAAGCUCAAGAAAGAAGAUAUGAAAGCGCUUUGGUUGACAAGACUCACAGCAGCUUGUCACGAGCACCAGAUACCUGCUAACACUUUCAGAGAGUCCCUCAUCAGAAGCAAUAUCCUUAUAAAUAACAAGAAUUUGGUAGAUCUGGCAGUUUGGGAGCCUCGGACUUUUAAGGCUCUUACCCAAGUAGCUUGUGCUAGGGCAAAGCAAGAUGGUUUAAAAGGCGUAGAAAAUUUAGAAAUUCCUCCUGGAGUAAUUACUCGAGGGAUGCUUAAGUGACGGGAGUAGGUUUGAUCAGAGUGAUAGAGAAUCUAGAUGAUGUGGCAUUAAUGUAAUUUGUAAAUUUCAAGAUACAAUAAAAAUGAUAAAUAAACCUAA